AAACGAUCCAAAAGACGAAAUGGUUGGAUCAGUUCAUGAGUCUGAAUUACACCAAGAAUUUUCUGAAAAUCAAAUCUUCGCUGGUGAAGAAGAAGACCUAGGAUUUUGCGGAAGGGAGCAUGACACCAAUCUGCUAAUGAAGAGCGACAGUGAAUUUGAUGAUCCUUACAAAACUGUCAAUAAGGAACACCAACAAAAAUUAGGCUUUGAUGGAACAUUUUUGAAAGACCAAUCCUCAUUGAAAAAGAUUUCCCAAAGUCAUUAUGGCAAGCAAUUUAUUUGUAAGGAAAAAGGCUGCGGGAAGAAAUUUUUGGAUAAUUCCAAAUUGAGAAGACACCAACUGGUACACUCUGGAGAGAAACCAUACAGUUGUAAUGUAUGUGGGAAAAGGUUUUCACUUGACUUCAACCUCAGGACACAUCUUAGAACCCAUACUGGAGAAAAACCUUACGAAUGAGACUUUCCCGGGUGAGGAAAAAGGUUUACUCAAAGUUCAAAUCUUACUGCUCAUAUGAAAACCCACUACCCUCACAGCAUAUCUGAGAAAAACUCUAGUCAGAAUUCAAGGAGCUCAAGCGAGAAGGUUUCCCUUCUAGUCAAUUCCCAAGAAAAUAGCUCUGUCACUGAUAGUGUCGAUUCUUAUCAAGAACAGAAGAAAAUCUUCAAGGUGUCUAAGAUGAAGAAGGAAAAUUUAAUUCUUUUGAGAAACAAGAUACCAAAGGUAUUUAAUAUCCAAAAGUACAAACAACCAUCUCACCUGCAUGACAGCUGCUCAAAUAAUACUAGCUCUGAUCGUAAUGAAACUCCUAUAAGGAAGGUUUAUGGAGAUGUUUUCAAAAUUGAGCGCUUCAGAGAGAAAAGAAAAAGACUUGCCACUAGACCCCUCGAAAGAUCUAAGAUACAAGAUCGUAUUUGCAAUGAUUAUUCAGACGAAGUAGAAUUCAAAAUUGAAAAAGUUCGGAGGUUUAAACCUCUUAAAGGAAGACUUAGCUUUGGCAACUUGGCAAAACCAGAAGAUAUUGACUCCUCUAGCACAAAAAGAAGUUCGAGGCAGUCUUCAAAACAAAAAGAGUACUCUGACUCGUCUAUUUGCCAACCUGAAGUAGAACCAAUAAAUCUUGUGAAGAUUCAUGAACAUGAAGAUCGCUUGAUGAUGAAGGUAACACCUGAGACCCUUCCUUUUGAAAAUGAGCUCUUCCUAAGGUGUAAGAAUUUGAACGAAGAACUGGAGAGUGAACUUCCGGAUUAUAACAUCCCUGAUCAGCUUAGUCAAGAAGAACUAGAUCUUCAGCCUUCCUUAGAGCAAUUGCACAAACAAAUAGAAUGUGAAUCAAACAAUUCCUAUCAUGAAGAUGAUUUAGAUUGAGACAAUGGAGUGCUUGUUGAUCAAAGUAAACUCCAAACAACCAAAUCCAAAAGAAAUCAUCGUCGUUCCAGGCUUAUGAGUGGAGUUAAUGCUUUCUAUGCUCAAGGCGAAAUGGAAAACGAAUGCUUUUUACUUGGUAACGAGAGAGAUACUCCAAAUUUUGAGGCUUUCGUUACCCAAAAGCCAUUCUCAUCCAACUUCUCUCUUGAGUAUAAAUAACCCUUUAAUUUUAAUAGUACCUAUGACUGAGAUGACUCCAUUUCAUUGU